AUGGGAGAGCUUUGCGUCUGCUCCGUUCUGGUGACUGGGGCCAACCGGGGAAUCGGCCUGGGGCUGGUGCAGCACUUGCUGGGGCUUCCAAACCCACCCAAGAGGGUCUUUGCGGCGUGUCGGGACCCCAAGGGCCAGCGAGCACAGGAGUUACAGAAUUUGGCCUCCAAGCACCCCAACCUGGUCAUCAUCCAGCUCGGUAGGUGCCCCGAGGUGGCGGUCACUUGCCCCAGGUCCACUGGCGUGGAGCACCUGGGGGGCUCAGGGCUGAACCUCCUCAUCAACAACGCUGGAAUCAUCAAGAUGAAAUCACUAGAGAGUGAGACAGUGGAGGACAUGACCCAGACCUACAGAACCAACACAAUUGGGCCCCUGCUGCUGGGCCAGGAGCUCCUUCCCUUGCUGAAGAAGGCUGCCCAAGGGAGUCCAGGCUCAGCACUGAGCUGCAGCAGGGCCGCCAUCAUC